UUCCGUGUGCUACUGCUAGCAGCACUGUAAACGUUACAGCCCGCUAACGAUGUAGCUCUUUGGUAUUGGUAAGAACUACAUAAAUGACCGCGACGCUAGAUUUAUGGCCGUUUUAGAUUUGUUGCACUUUGUGCAUGCUCAACGAUGUUACACCUGGUUCACAAACCCGGCAUUCAACAUUUUGUAUUUUCAAGAGGCAAGGUCUUCCCCCCUUUUCGGUAGGUUGCAAACCAAGAGGCAAAAGCAGUGGGUCACCUCCUCUCUGCAGCACACCCCUCCGCCCCCAAUACAGCAUGGUCAUGGCGGACUGUCAUCAAAAACCGAUGCUUCGUGGUCCGGUUCGAGUGGGCUUUUACGAUAUCGAACGCACUCUAGGAAAAGGUAAUUUUGCAGUCGUGAAGCUGGCGAGGCAUCGCAUCACUAAGACAGAGGUGGCCAUUAAGAUCAUUGACAAGACACAGCUGGAUGCUGUGAACUUGCAGAAGAUCUACCGAGAGGUGCAGAUCAUGAAGAUGCUAGACCACCCACACAUCAUCAAGCUGUACCAGGUCAUGGAGACCAAGAACAUGCUGUACCUCGUGACGGAGUACGCCAAGAACGGCGAGAUUUUUGACUACCUGGCCAGCCACGGGCGGCUUAGCGAACCAGAGGCACGGAGAAAGUUCUGGCAAAUCCUGUCUGCUGUGGAGUACUGUCACAAUCAUAACAUUGUUCACCGGGACCUGAAGGCUGAGAACCUGCUGCUGGAUGGUCAUAUGAACAUCAAAAUUGCAGAUUUCGGGUUCGGGAACUUCUUCCAGCCGGGCGAGCCCCUUGCAACGUGGUGUGGUAGCCCCCCAUAUGCUGCCCCUGAGGUGUUUGAGGGCCAGCAGUAUGAGGGCACCCAGUUGGACAUCUGGAGCAUGGGUGUGGUGCUGUAUGUGCUGGUGUGCGGUGCCCUGCCCUUCGAUGGCCCCACGCUUCCUGUACUCCGACAGAGGGUCCUGGAGGGUCGUUUCCGGAUCCCCUACUUCAUGACAGAAGACUGUGAGCACCUCAUCCGUCGCAUGUUGGUCCUGGACCCAUCCAAGCGUCUCUCUGUGGCCCAAAUUAAAGAGCAUCGUUGGAUGGCACUUGAUGUACCCAUUCAGCGGCCCAUGCUGUACCAACAGUGUGCCCCCAAGGAGGGGGGCAAAGCCGGGGGUGUGGGAGAGCACAGCGAGCAGGUGCUGCGUCUCAUGCACAGCCUGGGCAUCAACCAACACAAGACCAUCGAGUCUCUACAGAACAAGAGCUAUAACCACUUUGCUGCCAUCUACUACCUGCUGGUUGAGCGCCUGAAAGCUCACCGCUGCAGCUUUCCUGUGGAGCAGCGACUUGAUGCCCGACAGCGCCGACCCAGCACCAUAGCUGAGCAGACUGUUGUCAAGGCAAACAGUGCCACUACCCAGGUGGGGCUCCUUCCUCAGAGCAUACGAGUCCUGCCCUCUCCUGUCCUCUCCCAGGCCUCCACUGAAACCUUCACCUUCUCACAAUCGCCUCCGGCACCUGAGCACAGCCUCAUGGAGGAGGAAGUAACCACGCCCAAGGUGAAUGGCUGCCUGCUGGACCCCCUGCCUCCGGCCUCUGCUCGAAAGGUCAGCGCCUCUCUGCCCAGCAACAUGAUGGAGACCUCAAUUGAUGAGGGCAUUGAGACAGAGGAGCCGGAGCCAGACGCCGAGGAUGACCCCGCCCAGGUCUUCAUCGCCUUCCAGACCACACGCUUUGGCCAACGGAGACACACCCUGUCGGAGGUCACCAACCAGCUCAACACCUUGCCCAGCACAGGGAAGCUGUUCAGUGUGGGCCAUAACCCGUCUCUAGGAAGCAUGGACUCAGAGUAUGACAUGGGCUCCGUGCACAGUGAUGUCAGUCUGCCAGAGGCCCCCCCCUCGCUCAAUGAAGUGGUUCUGGCCAACGCCUCAAUCACCCGCAUGACUCCACCCUUCAUCGGCGUCAAGCCUGCCAACCCCGCCAUGCAGGCUCUGAGCUUGCAGAGGCGGGAGGCUCACAACCGUUCUCCAAUCAGCUUCCGGGAAGGGCGCCGCGCCUCCGACACCUCCCUCACGCAAGGGCUUGUGGCAUUCAGGCAGCACCUGCAGAACCUGGCCCGGACCAAAGGCAUCCUGGAGCUCAACAAGGUACAGCUGCUGUAUGAGCACAUGGGCCCUGAGGAGGACCCCUCCCUGGGCCCCCCUAGCCCCCACCCUCACCCACAGGAACCCCGGGACCCCCAGCUCCAGAGUGACGGUGCCCCGCAGCAGGAUGGUGCAGCCGUGUUCUCCGGCGGAGCUCACCCCCCACUGUUGUCACGAAGACAGAGCCUGGAGACACAGUACCUGGCGCACAAGCUGCAGAAAGCCAGCCUCAUGGCCACCAGCCCUGGCAGCUGCCAGAUGUUCUGUAAGGACGUGCCCCGGAGCCUGGAACAGCAGCUCCAGGAGCACAGGCUGCACCAGAAGAGGCUUUACCUGCAGAAGCAGUCCCAGCUGCAAGCUUACUUCAACCAGAUGCACAUUGUAGAGGGCUCCUACCCACCUCACUCCGUGGCUGGUCACGCAGAACCUAUGGCCCCCUCCCUUAUCCAGGCCACCGUGGCUCAAGUACAGCAGCAGGGCAGCUCCCAGCCCCCUCCCCCCUUCCACCGAGCUCAAACCCUCAGCCCUCUGCUGGAGCCCAGCACUGAGCCCCCACCCUACGACCUCUACAUGGGCGUUUACCCCACCCCCCUGCAACUCAGUUCACCUACCCACCACUCUGAGCCCCAAAACUACAGCUACUCCACCUGCAACUUGGCCCUGUCCCCUGCCACAGAGCCCCUUUAUCAAGAGCAAUACCAGUACCCCCUGGACCCCAGCCAGCCACCCCUGCAAGACCAGGCAGAGGCACCUAGUGCCGAGUACGUGGGACUGGGUCUCCCUGAGCUCCACUGCCCCUUCUUGGACUGUGAGAUGAUGGAGACGGUGGACUCCCAGCAUGGCUUUGUGCUGGUUAACUGAGAAAAGGAUUCGGCGAGAUGUUCUACAACCUUGAGACCUGAACAGCUAUGGGUAAGGGUGGGGGGAGGGGAUGGACAGGAUGACCAUUAUUGUAUCUUUUGCGUUGUGAAACCUCAGAGACUUUUUUUCUUUCAUGUUUUCUUACCAAACCCUCCCUACCAACCUCCCAGACCCCUCAGCUCCUCUGUCCCACACCUGGGGGGGUAGGGGGGCAGCCUGGUGGCCAAGCAUCUGUGUUUUUAUGAGUCAUGCACAUUUCCUAUGCCAUAGUGAUGUCAGUGUGUCUGUGAGUGCGUGAGGCACGCACAUCCUUAUGCUCUCUGCACAAAAGAAGAGGACAGAGUGGACUGCUGCCAGGUCCAUGCAAACCAUGGUGUCAGCUGGGGUUGGGUUGUGUGCACAUACCCAGCAAACUCCCCUCUCGAUAACAAGAGCACAAGAUCUGUAUUUACUUGCCUCACAAAUUCUAGGUGUAACCUUUGUAAUCAUACAACAAAAAGCAGAUGCACACAGGACGUGAAGCCACAGUGAACUUUCUUGUUGCGAUAUUGAAGCAAUAUUAUCUCAGAGACGAACCAGCAGACACCGUACGGUUUACAGGGAUCUGAAGGAUUUUUUGCCAUCUUUUAAUGUACUCUGUGCAUCU